UGGCCUAGGACUCCGCCCCCUUCCGCGGGCUCAAAUUGCGUGGCGUCCGCGGAGGCGGGGUCAGAGCGCAGCGGCGGAUCCCAGCGCGGCUCCGGGAGGUCGCCGAGCAGCGGCCCAGCCGGGCACACAGUGCCCAGGGGUCCCGCCCUGGCUGCCAGAUGCCUCGACCUGUCCCAAAAUGGCUAGGACCCGCUCCAGCGGCCUCCUUCCCACCCCUCCCCCUCACAUCCCGAGCCCCUAAAGUGCUCCCUCCACGGGCUCUCCACAGUGUCAACUUACACGCCUUAUAUAGUCCGAGCAGGCUCCAGCGGCCUGCUGGGACCCGGGGAAGGAGGGGGAGCUGGCCCCUGACUCACCCUGCCGCCCUCCUGCGAUUCCAGGAGUAGGCACCAUGGAUUCCUUCAAGGUAGUGCUGGAGGGGCCAGCACCUUGGGGCUUCCGGCUGCAAGGGGGCAAGGACUUCAACGUGCCCCUCUCCAUCUCUCGGCUCACUCCUGGAGGCAAAGCUGCGCAGGCUGGCGUGGCCGUCGGAGACUGGGUACUGAGUAUCGACGGCGAGAGCGCAGGAAACCUCACACACAUCGAGGCCCAGAACAAGAUCCGUGCCUGUGGGGAGCGCCUCAGCCUGGGUCUCAGCAGAGCCCAGCCUGUUCAGAGCAAACCACAGAAGGCCCUGACCCCUCCCGCCGACCCCCCGAGGUACACUUUUGCACCAAGCGCCUCCCUCAACAAGACGGCCCGGCCCUUUGGGGCACCCCCACCUAUUGACAGCACCCCGCAGCAGAAUGGACAGUUGCUCAGACAGCUGGUCCCCGAUGCCAGCAAGCAGCGGCUGACGGAGAAUACCGAAGACUGGCGGCCACGGCCGGGCACAGGCCAGUCCCGCUCCUUCCGCAUCCUUGCCCACCUCACGGGCACCGAGUUCAUGCAAGACCCGGAUGAGGAGUACAUGAAGAAGUCAAGAUCUUGCAGCCAGGUGCCCAGGACAGAAGCCCCAGCCCCAGCCUCAACUGUACCCCAGGAGCCCUGGCCUGGCCCCACCACCCCCAGCCCCACCAGCCGCCCACCCUGGGCCGUGGACCCUGCGUUUGCUGAGCGCUAUGCCCCAGACAAAACCAGCACGGUGUUGACCCGGCAUAGCCAGCCAGCCACACCCACACCUCUGCAGAACCGGACCUCCAUAGUGCAGGCUGCAGCUGGAGGAGGCACAGGAGGGGGCGGCAGUAAUGGCAAGACCCCCGUAUGCCACCAGUGCCACAAGAUCAUCCGGGGCCGCUACCUGGUAGCACUGGGCCACGCAUACCACCCUGAAGAGUUUGUGUGCAGCCAGUGUGGGAAGGUCCUGGAUGAGGGUGGCUUCUUCGAGGAGAAGGGGGCUAUCUUUUGCCCCUCCUGCUAUGAUGUGCGCUAUGCACCCAGCUGUGCCAAAUGCAAGAAGAAGAUCACUGGAGAGAUCAUGCAUGCCCUGAAGAUGACCUGGCAUGUGCAUUGCUUCACCUGCGCCGCCUGCAAAACGCCCAUCCGCAACAGAGCCUUCUACAUGGAAGAAGGGGCGCCCUACUGCGAGCGAGACUACGAGAAGAUGUUUGGCACAAAAUGUCGAGGCUGUGACUUCAAGAUUGACGCUGGAGACCGCUUCCUGGAAGCUCUGGGCUUCAGCUGGCAUGACACAUGCUUUGUUUGCGCAAUAUGUCAAAUCAACCUGGAAGGAAAGACCUUCUACUCCAAGAAGGACAAGCCCCUCUGCAAGAGCCAUGCCUUCUCCCACGUAUGAGCACCUUCCACACGCCAUGGCCGCCCCACCCCGCCUGAAGGGUGAAAAGUCUAGAGUGAUCACCCUCAACAUUUCUGGGUAGGGCUGGCAGUGGUUGUCCCCACCCCCAACUCCUGGCCGGAUCCUGGGGUUCCCUGAACCUGUGUCACCUUCUUCACUGUCCCCUUAGCUGCACCUCCUCCGCCACCAUCCCUCACCGGUGCUGGCCUUGCUAGGCCCGCUCACUCCAGAGCCACAAUAAACCUGUACUAGCUGUG